GUCGUGAAAUGCCAAAAUCGGGAUAUGAAAUCUUGUGCUUGAUAAUUCUACCACCGUUGGCUCAUGCGUUUGUCCCGCAGAUCACAGAUGAGAUAGUUACAGCCGUGGUUCAAGAGAAGGGCACUGCUUAUCUGAACUGUACGGCCCUGAUAGAUGAAAGUCAGGAAUCUCAAAUCAGCUGGUAUCGCACGCUGGACAAACAACAAAUAGCUUCUGGGACCACUCUGAAAGAACCGGUACGUCGUGGGCCUCAUGGAGUCAGUAAGUAUGCAGUUCGCUUCCUUCCUGGUCGACCACCGUAUGCACCCAAUCUGGCCGGAGUGGAUUUAACAAAACUGCGAACCUAUCAACUCAUUGUUAGAUUUGUCGACAUAAACGAUGCAAACACACAAUUUCGGUGCGUCAUUGAAUUGCGUACCACCCCUAGAGAAGAGUGGCCUCAGGCCUUUGGACGCAUUGUCGUCAAACGGGCGCCAGAGAUUCUGCCUGGACUGACUUCCCAGAUUGUGAAUGAAGGAGAACCACUCCGCCUGGAUUGUAUAGCUCAGGGUAGCCCCGCGCCGAAAGUCAGUUGGACCAGAGCCAACGGAAGACCACUCUCGCUCCCUGGCUUUCCACAGAGGAUAUACAAUACAACACUGUACCUACCAAGGGUCGACCGAUACGAUCGGGGUGUUUAUCGCUGUUAUGCCGUGAACAACGUGGCUGAGUCGGCUCAGUACGACGUGAUGGUUGAGGUGAAUUACGCGCCGCAUGUGAGAGAGGCUAGGUUCAAGGGUGCCUACGGUCAGGCACCAGAUGGAAACUAUGAUAUCACGUUGGAGUGCAUCGUGAAUGGUUACCCUGAUCCCGAUCUACUCUGGUACAGGGGAGUCUACGACCCAAUAACUAAUAACGUUCCGUUGUAUGACAACAAUCGAUACGAACUGGAGAAAGCCCAGAGCUACGGAGCUGCAGGGACAAACAUUACAGACGUGUUUUCCACGCUUCUUGUGCGUAACGUUCGUGUGGGAGACUAUGGGAACUACUCGUGUAGAGCAGAGAACAAAUACGGAUCGAGUUUUGUUGUAAUGUACCUAUUCUAUCAAUCCAUUUGUCAAGGCGCGUAUUGUCCAAUGCUGGGAGCCAUUUCAAUGACCGCCAGACUAAAUCCGGACGGGACGCCUGUAAUCACGUGACUGCUUUUUUUUCGGUUACGAAGCCUAUCUUGAGUUGCAGAGAGCUUUUCUCCAGCAAAUAAUUCGUUUUUACUUUCAUAGGAAUUGCCUUGAAGUUUCUAUAUUUUGUCCAAAAUCUCGCUGGUACAUUCCUCAGUGAAUUGGUCGAAUUGUGCACGCUUUUCUCACACAUUUUGGAUUCAAUUAAAAAAUUCAAG